CCUCCGUCCCUUCCACGAGUCCACGACAACCUCAGGAACCCCUUGAGGAAUUCUAACCCAACGGCAUAGACUCUUCUACAUUCUUUGGAUUUGGAGGUCCUUGCCCAUUUACACAAGCCCACGCGACGUUCCGGGAAGAGACGUCUAGAAAGGAAAGAGCAGAAGUCGAGUCAAAGUCUAUUGACGGGCCCGAACGUAAAAGGGUGCCUCCUUGCUUCCUCCUCACCAACUCGGACUCUCAUCAACUUCGAGCUCAUGUUCUCGUAAUACUCGUCCACAAAGCCCGAAUGAACUGGUUUCAAGCUGUACAGCAAUCGUAGGACGGAAGCGCAGCAUAGUAAUAAUAUCGGUACUCGAAAAUAAUUAGUAUUAUUCCUGGCGUUCCAUGGUGUCGUCGUUCGUGAGCUUGUCGACUGUCCUAUACUCAAUAUUCAAUGCCGAACCUCCUGUUCCAUUACCAGUGUGUUCUCCAGGUACACCCUUGACAUCGACAUUAAGCAAGCACAACGGCGGUCUUGAACAUCUGACGAUGAUCGAUGUCGAUGAACCCUGUGCCGAAGGUGGUGAGCAUCCUCCCAGGAACAGCUUUGACAUCGACAGUGAAGAAACGGGUUCCUUGUACCUGGCGUACAGGGGGUCUUGAACAGGUAAACAUUAACCUUGAAGGUCGAGGUCCUGACAAAAGUAUUGAAGGAACGCGAACCUGCCACCGCAGAUGACUGGAUGCUAUCCAAUUCUUGCUGCCUUCUUGCAUAAAAGCAGAUGCCUUUUCGUUCUCAUCCUCAUCAUCUCCUUCGUGACCUUCACAAAGCACCAUGCCUUCAAACGAACUCAUCUCGCUCGAAGACUUCUGCGAUCCCGUCAAACCUUCUCCAGAACAAAUUGCCUUCGAAGCUCUCUUGACAAAACUCAAUUUUAACGCCGAGCUGAAAGUCCUGGGAUCAGCACUCACUUUUGGUCAAUUCAACACCUCUGUUGCCAUUCGGUAUGACUCUCGACAAAAUGCAAGCCAUAUUGGCCUCGUUCGGUGUGAAAAAACACCCGUUCAGACGAGUUCAUCCCCUCUGCCGAAGGGAUGGGCCGGGACUGAUUGCAAUUGGACCUACUCCCCGAAUGGACAAGUCCCCAUCGAGGUUCAGUUUCUCCCUCAGGAUACGCUCGAGUUAGAUGUUAUGAUCGGGGCUUGCGCGUUAGGGUUCAUUGGUGGCUUUACCAAUGGAUUGGUCGUGCUCGUGGGGGGUUCGAAGAAUCCCAAGCCCUGGGUCAUGACUGCAGGACAUGCGUUUCACUCCGCCCCUUUGAAAGACGGAAAAUUCGCCGACCCUCACCACGACGAGCACCUUGUCGCUCUCUGUCACGUUCCGUUCAGCGAAGAGUGUGAUUAUUGCUACAAAUCCGACUGCGAUAAUUGUCCACUUGCGAAAGACAAAGUUGGGCACGUUCUUGUGGACAAAAAAACGAACAAGAUCUUCAACUUUUACCACCCCGCACUUUUUGCCAACGCUCUUGAACAUCAGAACGAUGUUGCAGUCUUUUCACUUAGUAAUGCAAAGCUCACAGCUUUGCAAGUCUCGACCUGCCAGGAGGUUAUCGGUGAUUUCGUUUGUGAUUCAGAUGCAUCACCACAGGAUAAAGAGAUCCUAGAACACGCACAGAGUCAAUUUGCUCAACUGAGUGCUGUCGGUCUCCCUAUCAGGAUUGAUGAACUCGCAGCCCUGAAAGCGGCAGACCAGUCCAAAAAACCACUUUACCUUUUCAUGAAAGGCAUGAAGACGGGAUGGGUUUUCGGUUACCUUUCGAGGAUAGACAUUGCCCCGGGAAUUGUGUUCAUAGAGCCCUUUAAGGGUGUUUCCAAAGUUCCUGUUUCCGCAAAGGGCGAUUCUGGUGCCCUUUGGUUUGUUUUGGAUCGUUCCCUGGUCGCACGACCGGUCGCUUUUCAUAGUGGGAAAUCGUCGGUGACCAAGAUGCACUACGGUAUAACUCUAAGCAGAGCUGGCCACGCAUUGAGGACUCUUGGUGGAGCUCAGUUUGCACCGCCUAAUCGCUUCUGGUUAGACCAAAGCUCAUGUUAUACUCUCUGAACGUCGUCAUCCAUCAAGAUGACUUGCAAUGGAUGUGGUACAUGUGUUAGUACUUGGGGCUAUAAUGAACAUGGAGUUGGUUGGACCUAGUA